AUGAAACGCGUCGCCAGCGAGGCCGUGGAGCGUUCGCUGGCAGUGCAGCGGAGAGAAUUCUCGCUGCUCGUCGCGAUGGAGGCGCGGCAGGCGAAGGAGGCCGCAGACCGCGAGGAACAGAAAAGAGAGGCCGAGAAAGAAGCAGAGAAGCGACAACGGCAUGGCCCUCGCGGCCAUCAAAGCGGCGGUCACUCGAGCAACGCAGCAGCAGCAGCAGCAGCAACAACAGCAGCAGGAGGAACAACAACCCUCGCCAUCUGUCAGGUGCAACAGCUGCUGCAGGGGCAAACAGUAACGGCCAUUGGAGGCAGCGGUGGAGCCUCUGCCUCUCCAUCGAUGGCACCACCUCCUCCACCUCCAUAUCCACGUCACUCACUGCAGCAGCAACAACCAGCACGAAGAAGAGUCAGACCGACGAAUGCUGCGGGGGCGGCAGUCACUGCCGUCGCGCCCAGCGCCCAGUCGGCACCGUUAGAGUUAGCAUCGCAGCAACAACCGCCAUCACAGGGUGCAAUGGUGUUGAUGGAAUUGCCACCGCCGCGUGCACCCCUCGAGCGGCCAUCGCUCGCCCUCUCUGCGGCCGUGAUGCAGGUGUAUCAAGGCAUCAACAACAAGUUCUACCAUGAAAAGCGCAGUCGCGGCGCUGCGGGGGUGCAGACCUUCAACAACGGCUUCGACGACGCGGACGGUCACUACAUCCACAUUGUGGGCGAGAAGAUUGCGGAUCGGUACACCGUGAAGGGUGUUUUUAGGAAAGGCAGCUUCGGCACCGUACUACACUGCUGCGACGAGAAGUACCAGGAGGAAGUCGCCAUGAAGAUAAUUCGCUCGGGCGCGUACUGACGCAAAGGUCGGUUGGAAAUGGAAAUUGUUCUCUAUCUGAACCAGCUGGACGAGCUACAGAACCUCGUCAUGCAACUUCGUAAGGCUCUCUACUGGCAAGGGCACAUUGUCCUUGUCUUUGAGCUGCUCAGCUACAAUCUCUUUGAACUAAUCAAGUGCACCCAUUAUAACGGGGUGAGCCUGGAACUGACAAGGAAGUUCACCUAUCAGCUGCUGCAGGUGCUCGUGCAGCUCGACCGGCAUCGUCCACGCAUCAUCCACGCCGACUUGAAGCCGGAGAAUGUCGUCUUGAAGGACCGCAAGCGCAGCGGCAUCCGCAUUAUCGACUUUGGGUCCUCGUGCUAUCAGCAAAUGCAUCCCUCCUACAACAUUCUGCCCAAGUACAUUCAAAGUCGGUUCUAUCGCUGCCCCGAGGUGAUUUUAGAGUUAGGUUACACCACCGCCAUUGACCGCUGGUCGCUCGGCUGCAUGAUUGCAGAGCUGCACACAGGCGUUCCGCUCUUCCCGGGCCUCAACGAGGUGGAGAUGAUUGGGUACUUCACGUCUAUUUUAGGUCCGCUGCCGGACGAAAUGAUCGCCGCAAGCCCUAAAUUUCACCUCUUCUACAUCGACACCCGCGUGGAAAAGACAGCAACGGCAGCAACGGCAGGGGCCCUUGUGGGCGGCAAAGAAGAGGCCAGCGCUGGCCAGAAGGGAGAGCGCGAGACGGAAGGAAUUCGCUGCCGCGCCGACAGCAGCAGCAGCAGCAGCUCGCCGCCCCGUCACCGGACUGCCUUCGUCGAACACCGCGGGAGGGUGGAGGAGGUGGAGGAGGAGCCACAGCAGCGUCCACAUCAGCGGACUUCCUCCUCCACCACCACCACCACCGCAGCGGCGACCGCGACCGACGACGUCGACGCGGCGACCGCAAAUCCAAUGGUGCGGCACCACACAACGUCGGGACCGACAGCGGAGCGGAAGGUGCACCGAUGCAACGCACAGAUACUGCCGCGUCUUCAUCCGGAGAACAUCUCCGUCGAGACACCGUCGCUCGCCCCUCUGCAGACGUCGUCCCGCACAAACACACCGCCCGCAGCCCACGCGGAUGGCGACAAUAGCGGCGAGAGAAAACAAAAGGUCAAAGCCUCGCCCUUCGUCCUGCGUCACCCGCCGAAGCCGGAGUGGAAGCGCAGUUUGGCAGACAUCCUCGGCGUCUACAUGGGCGGCCCACGCGGCUGUCGAAAGGACCAGCCGGGGCACGAUGUCAAGGCGUACAUGACGUUCCUGGACCUCGUCCAGCGGCUGCUCGCCUACGACCCACGCGAGCGGCAUCGGCUGCGAAGAAGCCUUGAACCACGCGUUUCUGGCCCCACUGAGAGAACUGGAGAAGCGAGCGGCGGCGGAGGCGGCAAUUGCAGCGAUGCUGGCCACGAACAAGCAGUCGUCGGCAGCGGGCGGAGCAGCGCCGCCAGUCUCCUCCACCUCAAGGACCACUGCGAAAAACUAGUGAAGAUUCAAAAGAGAGGAAGAAGAAACAAAAGCACGUGUUUGUCUGUUUGA